AUGAAGCCACUCUUUAUUCUUUUUGCACUAUUCUUUCCACCCAUUCAUACUCUUGCCUCAACACAAGAAGCUGAUUCUCUACUCAAAUGGAAAACUACCCUCAUAAACCAAAACAACCCAUUCUUAUCCUCAUGGUCACUCGACACAAACCGAACCGCGAGCACCGCACCAUGCACUUGGUACGGUGUUCAUUGCAACGAUCACGGGAACGUGAUCAAACUCAACCUAUCCACUUCUAGACUAAACGGUACACUUCAAAAGUUCCCGUUUUCAACUUUCGCUAGUCUAACACAUCUACAACUUAAACUAAAUCAUUUUUCCGGUCCCAUCCCGGUUGAUAUCAGGUAUCUUUCUAACCUAAUGUUUCUUGAUCUUUCGUGUAAUCGUUUAUCCGGAACUAUUCCACCGGAAAUAGGAACGUUAGCGUAUCUCGAGACCCUUUCGUUGCAUAGUAAUAUUCUUGAAGGUCAUAUUCCUGUUACUUUAGGAAAUCUAACCAACUUGGCCCAUCUUGCUAUCGAUGAUAAUAAGUUAUCGGGUCAUAUACCUCGCGAGCUAGGAAAUCUAGCCCAUCUCGUGACGGUUAAUGUCUCGUUUAACUUUCUAACGGGUCACAUCCCGUCUAGUCUAGGAAAUCUUAGUAAACAAUCCGAGUUGUACCUUUUCCAAAACAAUCUAACGGGCUCGAUCCCAUUAUCGUUAGGAAACUCGAGCUCGUUAAGGAUUUUAUAUUUAUACAUGAACCAACUUUCGGGCCGGAUUCCUAACGAACUAGGAAACAUGAAGAGUUUGAUCGCUUUACUUUUGGGACAUAAUCUGCUCACGGGUUCUGUCCCGGCUUCACUCGGAAACCUGAGCAAGUUAACGAUCCUAGACGUUCACGAAAACUUACUUUCGGGUGUUGUCCCGCAAGAACUAGGAAAACUAGAGUCGCUAAUUCAGUUAUCGUUUAGUCACAACGAGUUAAGCGGUCAGAUCCCGGUUUCAAUUGGGAAUCUAACAAAACUCGAGCAGUUGUACCUUAACGACAACCAGUUUAAAGGAUCUAUUCCCGAAGAGUUGGGAAACUUGAACUCUCUAGUUGAAAUGCUCUUGCUUAUAAACCGGCUAACCGGUUCGAUCCCAGAUUCGUUCGGUAACCUAAGCAAGUUGGAACAGUUUGUGCUUCAUGACAAUAACCUUACAGGUUAUUUUCCUGAAAGUAUAACCAAAUGUGAAAGAUUAAGAUACUUGACUUUAGGUAACAACUCGGUUACGGGCCGGGUCCCGGAAUCAGUCUGCAAGUUGAAACUGUUGGAGAUUCUUGAUCUCGGGACUAACCGGUUCAGUGGCCCGAUUCCACAAUGCGUGAGUCGUUUCAGCCCGAAGCUCAAAGUGUUGGACCUGCGGUUGAACGGUUUCCAUGGAAGCAUUCCCACAACAUAUUUGGACCGAAAUAAUGAUUUACGGAGAGUAAACAUGAAUGGGAAUCGACUUGAAGGCUCGGUUCCUGAAAGUUUGAUCAAUUGUAGGAAACUUGAAGUUCUAGACUUGGGGAACAAUAUGCUAACCGGCGGAUUCCCGCACUGGAUUGACACGAUUCCUGAGUUGCAAGUUCUCGUCUUGCGAGGUAAUAAACUCAAUGGCCCGUUACAGACAUAUUCCAACGCGAAAAGCCCGUUUCCAAAGCUGCGGAUUCUUGAUCUAUCUAGCAAUGAGUUUACGGGCCGUUUGCCAGGAAACUACUUCAAGAAUUUUAAAGCGAUGAUGAGCGGAAAUAGAUCUGCAUCGGAAGAUCUGUACAUGGUUCGACACUUCAUGUAUGAAGACACACUUGUGCUAGUUGUGAAAGGGAUGAGCAUGGAACUCCAGAGAAUAUUAGUCGUUUACACGACUAUAGAUCUUUCGGUUAAUAACUUUGAAGGGGAGAUUCCCGACACGAUUGGACAGCUGAAUUCGCUUCGGUUUCUCAAUCUAUCAUAUAACGGUCUCACUGGUGAGAUCCCGAAACACCUGAGAAAUCUCGCGCUGCUUGAAUCGUUAGAUCUUUCUUCGCACAAGAUGACAUUCCUUGCAGUUGUAAAUUUCUCAAAGAAUCAGCUUCGAGGAGUCAUACCGAAAGGUGGACAGUUUAAUACGUUUGUAAACAGUUCGUAUCAAGGGAACGAAGGAUUAUGUGGAUUCCCAUUGACGAAAACUUGUGGAGAUGAUGACGGGUCAUCAUCUCCAACACUUGAAGAAGAUGAAGAAGAUUCAAGUUUUUUUAAUGGGCUUUCUUGGGAAUCUGUUGUUAUGGGAUAUGGAUUUGGGAUGUUAAUCGGGUCGGGUCUUGGAUGGCUUAUGUUUUAUACUGGAAGGCCCAGAUGGGUUGUCAGGAUGACUGAAAGAAAACUAUGUAGACAUGAAAUAAAAUCACUAAAAAACACGAGAGCUCGGGUUUCUAGUGUUUCUGAUGUUAAUUCUGCAAUGUCGUUUUAA